AUGAACGUUUCAACUUCUACGUUCUCGACUAAGAGAAGAGGUCUCAAAAAGGUUGAAGAAGAAGAAAAUGCUGCUACCUUACAGCUCGGCGAAGAGUUCCAGCUUGUACAAGUUAACCACCAAGGCCAGGAAGAGGAGCUGAUAGCGCUGAACCUCAGUGAGGCACGGCUUGUGAUCAAAGAGUCGUUGGAGAUGCGCAAAAAACUGUUCAAACAUUGGAACAAGCAGGAGGACAGCAUGGAAGCUGACGACGAUGUGGACGAGAACUCGCACGCGCAGACUCAGGAGAAGGAACUUCAGAACAUUGACAAACUGCUAGAAACUACGACGGGUGGCAACAACCAGGCGCUCAAGCAGACUAUGGUGUAUCUGACCAAUUUCUCCCGCUUCAAGGAUCAAGAGACCGUGACAGCUGUGACCCAGCUGCUGCAGAGCACCAACCUGCACCCGUUCGAAAUUGCCCAGUUGGGUUCCCUGUCGUGCGAGGACGCGGACGAAGCCAAGACUCUGAUUCCCAGUUUAGGAAAUAAGAUCUCUGACGAAGACCUUGAAAGAAUCCUCAAGGAGCUAUCUAACCUUGAAACCCUGUACUAA